AGCAGCUAACCUCACAUCACCUCAGGGUCAGCAGAGACAGCUAAGAAGGAUGGAGAGGUAGAAAGAGAGCAGGAGUGAAAGAAGUACGCACACAUGUGCGGGGAGAAGGCUGAGCGUUCACGAAGCCUCAUGACUCAUGAGUAGCAGUAUCACACCCACCCCUUCCCUCUCCGGAGAACCACGCGUCUUCAGAAGGAAAACAGAGGAAGGGAGCAAAGAAAGUUGGCCCGCACGACUCCGGUGAUGUCACGAGCAUGUGACCCUGCUUCUCCAGUGACAGUGUUCUGAGGGAAAGAAAAAAGAUUUUUUAAAGGCUCGUGCCUCUUUGGGUUUGUGUGAAGGCUCCGCUCACAUCCCGAGCAACCACAGAACCGCAGAAAAGUUCGGCUCUGGAUUUUUGCAUGGGGCUGCCGGCGGCGCGUAAAUGGUUAAUUGUCACCGGUCAACUUCAGGUUUGAGGACCGCACCAACCAAGGCGUCAAGGGUCACCAAAAACCACAGAGAAGCGAAAUUUGGGACCGACGGUGGCGACCAUGGCAUCCAACAGCCUCUUUAGUUCUAUGACCCCAUGUCAGCAGAACUUCUUCUGGGAUCCCAGCGUCGGACGGAGGUUCAGUCCGCCGGUGUCGGUGAAGAUGAACGAUGUGAACCCGAGCGCAGGACAGCAGCAGCAGCAGCACCAGGACAGCGCGGUGGUGCCGAGACUCCGCGCGCAAGAGAACCGCUCCAUGGCCGAGAUCAUCGCCGACCACCCCGCUGAACUGGUCCGGACCGACAGUCCAAACUUUCUCUGCUCGGUCUUGCCUUCUCAUUGGAGGUGUAAUAAAACCCUACCGGUUGCGUUCAAGGUGGUGGCCCUGGGAGAGGUGGCUGAUGGGACGGUGGUCACAGUGAUGGCUGGGAAUGAUGAGAAUUAUUCAGCUGAGCUCAGGAAUGCCUCAGGAGUUAUGAAAAACCAGGUGGCCCGCUUCAACGACCUCCGCUUUGUGGGCCGAAGCGGAAGAGGGAAGAGCUUCACCCUGACGAUUACAGUAUUCACAAACCCACCGCAAGUGGCCACUUACCACAGAGCCAUUAAGGUCACGGUGGACGGACCGCGGGAGCCCAGGAGGCGCUAUCAGAGUUCCCCUGAAACCCUCCACCUCCCCCAGCUCCACCUGCCUAGAUCUGCUAUGGAUUUAUGGCACAGGCCGAAGCUGGAUGACUCUCCGAAGGCCGGACUGUUCUCCGACCGUCUCAGUGAACUCGAGCGUAUCCGGCAGACCACCAUGAGGGUUACCGUGCCAACACAAACACCACGGCCCUCGCUUAGUAGCCCCAACUCCUUCACACCUCAGGGCCAGACGCAGAUCACAGAUCCACGCCAGGCUCAAUCUUCCCCACCUUGGUCAUACGACCAGACGUACCCGUCGUACCUGAGUCCCAUGGCCUCCCCGUCUGUGCACUCCACCACUCCGCUGUCGUCCAGCCGGGCCACAGGGCUGCCCUCCAUCAGCGAUGUGCCCAGACGCCUUCCAGGUUCGACAGAUUUGAGUCCUUUUCCUGGCCAGUUUGAACGUCAGUUUCCCGGUUUCUCCUCGCUCACCGAGAGCCGGUUCUCCAGUCCCAGAAUGCACUACCCGACGACCUUCACGUACACGCCCACCCCGGUCACCACGGGAAUGUCUCUCGGUAGCGCUCAUUACCACACUUACCUUCCGCCACCGUACCCCGGCUCCACGCAGAGCCAAAGCGGACCCUUCCAGAGCAGCAGCACUCCUUAUCUCUACUACGGGGCCUCCUCUGGCUCCUACCAGUUCUCCAUGGUUCCAGGAGGAGACCGAUCGCCCACUCGCAUGAUGCCGCCUUGUACUAGCGCAUCCACGGGAACCAGCCUGGUCAAUCCCAACCUCCCGGUCCAGGCUGAUGGAGGCGGGGGGGUGGAGGGAGACGGUAGUCAUAGCAACUCCCCCACUCUGCUUAAUCCUGCUGGUAGAAUGGACGAAGGCGUGUGGCGGCCAUAUUGACCGGACAAUGACGUGAGCGUUGAACCUCCAAACGAACGGCACGGUUUUAAAGCACAAACCUUACUAGGAUCUCGCUGAGCUACUUUCCCUGGCUGACACGAGUAUUUAUGAGCCUGUUGAAAGGGAAGUAUUUUUUUACACUACAUUGAACUUUGUUGUUGUAAUGCAUUGUUCUGGACUUUUUGACCUCUGGGAAUCAUUGUCAUAGGCAGGAGAAUUUCGAAUUGAAGGAAUAGAGAUGGGUCGAGUAUUUCAUUAGCAUCAUGUUAUUAUUUACUUGUCUUGGCAUGGUUUUAAUAUAUCAUUUUAAAGCACUGAA